UGUUCCACUAUUUUCCAAAUAAAAAGUUUAGCGUCUUUGCUGAACAAAAACAAAAACGUAAACAAAGUAUUUGAGCGAUUUACAAAAAUGCCAUUAACUGCAGAAAGUGCAGCACAACAAAUUCAGGAUCGCCUGAAAGAUAUACAGCAACAUAUUCACAAAGUGGACAGCGAACGACGACGGGCAGAAAAUUCGAUUGCGAAUCUCGUGCGAGUGCAGCAAAGUCAGCCCGCAAAUCCAAAAUUAAAGACGCUUCUUCAGGCCAAAAUUUUGGAGGCGACACAAGAAGAGGCGACAAUUAGAGCGGCGUUGGCUAAAAUACACGAAAUACGCAAUAUACGAAAUGAGAGACGCAUUCAGGCUCGGAAUGCUGGCAAUAAGGAGGCAAUUCGUCGUGGAGCGUUAAUGAAAAUGGUACAGCUGUCGGCGCAAACAUUACCUCUGUUCGUAGGGAAGCCAGGCGAACGAGCUCCAGCUCUAUGCGGAGCUAUUCCUGCCGAGAGCAGCUAUGUGGCCAAAGUGGGUGACAAUGUAGCCGCCUUGGCAAAGGGCAUUGACGAGGAGGAGAACUGGAUCUUGGCGGAGGUGGUUCAAUUUCUGCAUAGGCAAAACAAAUACGAUGUUAUUGACAUUGACGAGGAGCAGAAGGAUCGACACGUGCUCAGCAAACGUAAAGUUAUACCUCUGCCACUGAUGCGAGCUAAUCCAGAGACAGAUGGACAUGCUCUCUUUCCUAAGGAUACAGUUGUGAUGGCGUUGUACCCACAAACGACGUGCUUCUACAAAGCCAUAGUCCACCGACUGCCACAAACCGCCACAGAAGAGUAUGAUGUGCUCUUCGAGGAUUCAUCGUAUUUAAACGGUUAUGCGGAACCUUUGCCCGUAGCUCAGCGAUAUGUCAUUGCCUAUAGACCUACAAAGAAGGGAGCGAGCAGUGGCAGUGGCAAUUUGUCCUCAGCUUGAGCAGCAAUUGAAUGAAAUACAUAGAAUAUCGAAUCGACUGUUGUAAAAUCUAUAUAUAUAAUUAUAUACAUAUUCAUUAACUUAA